AUGGAUUAUUAUGAUAUUGGUAUUGUUUAUCAAAAUCUCAAACAAUAUGAUAUUGCCCUUGAAUAUUUUUUAAAAUCAUUUACAAUUUUUGAAAAACAACGUCCUAAUGAUCAUAUGAAUAUUGGUAGACUCUUGCAUAGUAUUGGGAAAUCAUACCGUUUAAAAGGUGAUUUUUUUCGAGCCGAAUUGUACUUAAUUACUGCUCGAAAUGUAAGAGAAAAAGAUAUGCCAAAAAAUCAUACAACAACAUCGUCAACAUAUUUUGAACUUGCUUCACUCUAUUAUGAUCAACAUUGCUAUUUAAUGACAUUAAAUUACGCAAAAAAAAGCACUUGA